CGCCACUUCCAUACCGAGGAGCGCCUGCCCGCCCCUCAUCCCUACCCUGGAGCGCAGGACUGUGUGGAGGCUGCCAUCUGCCAUGUCAAGGACCUUGAGAAUGGCCACUCCUCCUUAGGAUGCGGGAAGUAGAGCUGGGCUGGGGGAAGGUGUUGCUGGUCAAGGACAACGGGGAGUUCCACGCCCUGGGCCACAAGUGUCCACACUAUGGUGCACCUCUGGUGAAAGGUGUGCUGUCCCGCGGCCGGGUGCGCUGCCCCUGGCAUGGCGCCUGCUUCAACAUCAGCACUGGGGACCUGGAGGACUUCCCUGGCUUGGACAGUCUGCACAAGUUCCAGGUGAAGAUUGAGAAGGAGAAGGUGUACGUCCGGGCCAGCAAGCAGGCCUUGCAGCUGCAACGAAGGACCAAGAUGAUGGCCAAGUGCAUCUCUCCAAGCGCUGGCCACGGCGGCAGCACUAAUGUGCUCAUUGUGGGCGCAGGUGCAGCUGGCUUGGUGUGUGCCGAGACGCUGCGGCAGGAGGGCUUCUCGGACAGGAUCGUCCUGUGCACGCUGGACCGGCACCUCCCCUACGACCGGCCCAAGCUCAGCAAGUCCCUGGACGCACAGCCUGAGCAGCUGGCCUUGAGGCCCAAGGAGUUCUUCCGAGCCUGUGGCGUCGAGGUCCUCACCGAGGCCCAGGUGGUCACGGUGGACAUGAGAAACAAGAAAGUCGUGUUCAAGGACGGCUUCAAGAUGGAGUACAGCAAGCUGCUGCUGGCACCGGGGAGCAGCCCUAAGACUCUGAGCUGCAAAGGCAAAGAGGUGGAGAACGUGUUCACCAUCCGGACACCCGAUGAUGCCAAUCGCGUGGUGAGGCUGGCCCGGGGCCGCAGUGCGGUGAUCGUGGGGGCCGGCUUCCUGGGGAUGGAGGUCGCUGCCUAUCUGGUGGAGAAGGCGCACUCAGUGUCCGUGGUGGAGCUGGAGGAGACACCCUUCAAGCGCUUCCUGGGGGAGCGUGUGGGUCGCGCGCUCAUGAAGAUGUUUGAGAACAACCGGGUCAAAUUCUACAUGCAAACGGAGGUGUUGGAGCUGCGGGCCCAGGAAGGAAAGCUGAAGGAGGUCGUGCUGAAGAGCAGCAAGGUCGUGCGGGCUGACGUCUGUGUUGUGGGCAUUGGCGCUGUGCCCGCCACGGGCUUCCUGAGGCAGAGUGGCAUCGAUCUGGAUUCCCGGGGCUUCAUCCCAGUCAACAAGAUGAUGCAGACCAAUGUUCCAGGCGUGUUUGCGGCUGGCGAUGCUGUCACCUUCCCCUUGGCCUGGAGGAACAAUAGGAAAGUGAAUAUCCCACACUGGCAGAUGGCUCAUGCGCAGGGGCGGGUGGCGGCCCAGAACAUGCUGGCGCAGGAGGCGGAGAUCAGCACUGUUCCCUACCUGUGGACGGCCAUGUUCGGCAGGAGCCUGCGCUACGCGGGGUACGGAGAAGGCUUCGACGACGUCAUCAUCCAGGGGGAUCUGGAGGAGCUGAAGUUCGUGGCUUUUUACACCAAAGGCGACGAGGUGAUCGCGGUUGCCAGCAUGAACUACGAUCCAAUCGUGUCCAAGGUUGCCGAGGUGCUGGCCUCAGGCCGUGCCAUCCGGAAGCGGGAGGUGGAGCUGUUUGUGCUGCACAGCAAGACCGGCGACAUGUCCUGGCUCACAGGGAAAGGAUCCUGAGUUCGCAUGCAGCAGACUUGGGCAGGCACCCUGGGGCACCAGGGACAGAGACCAAGUCCUGGGGGCAGGUGCCAACCUCCACAAUUUCCCAGGAUUCCCCCAGGGCAAAACCUGAGCCCUCCCAGUGCUUGCCGUGGGCUGCCUGGCUCACCUCCACAGAGGCCAUUGCUGCCUCCAGGAGUUGCUUCCCCUGCAAGGCCUGGGCUGCUACUGAUGGCUGGCAGUGGAGGCGGGACAGGCCUUGCCUUGUCUCCCUGUACUGGGACCAGUCCCCUGUAGGACCCUGCAACACAUUAGACAUUAUCUUAAAAUUAAAACGCACACAUUUGCA